CGCUCGGUGGGCGGACGUCGCUCGCGAUAGAGAGACGGCGCGACCCACGACCGGCGGCCGCGGCCGCGCCAUGCCCGCGCUGGCCCUGCGCGACCAGCCGCUCGACUGCUCCAUGCGCCUGCGCGAGCCGCCAGCCUGGCCGCCGCGCGCCCGCGACCACCACGUGUCGGCGCGCGGUGACGUCAGCGGCUACUUCAACACUCAGAUGGUGCUCGACCUGAACGAAGAGUCGGGUGACCUAAUCAAGUCUCCUUCGCCGCCGCCCAGCCACGACGGCUCGGCGAGCGGCGAGGGCGAGGGCGAGGGCGAGGCGAGCGGCGACGAGCGCGCGUCGCCGGGCGCCGAGCGCGCGCGCGCCCGCCCGCCGCCCUGCGCCGCCAGCGCCGCGUCCGCCGCCGCCUCCGCCGUGCUGGUGAGUGCGCGCCUCGCAGUCGCCGCGGCGGGCGCGGGCAACGCGCUGGCGCAGCUGCAGCACCUGCUGCUGACGCAGCACGGCGCGCACUCGCUGCUGCUGCACACGCAGGUGCAGCAGGCCGUGGCGCAGGCGGCCGCGCAGCAGCUGCAGCAGCUGCAGGCGCGCGCGCACGCCACGCCCACCUGCGAGGCACGCUCGCCGUCGCCGCGCCGCAGCCCGCCCGGCGCCGCCGCCUUCCUCACGCCGCACACGCCGGGCCCGGGCCGCGCGCGCUCGCCCCCGGCGCACGCGCACGCGCUGCACGCGCACUCGCCGCUGGGCGCCGCGCACUCGCCGCUGCACGCGCACGCGCACAAGCCGCGCGCGCUGGACCCCGCCGACGACACGGCCGACCUGGAGGAGCUCGAGCACUUCGCCAAGACCUUCAAGCAGCGCCGCAUCAAGCUCGGGUUCACGCAGGGCGACGUCGGGCUGGCGAUGGGCAAGCUGUACGGCAACGACUUCUCGCAGACCACCAUCUCGCGCUUCGAGGCGCUCAACCUCAGCUUCAAGAACAUGUGCAAGCUGAAGCCGCUGCUGCAGAAGUGGCUCGAGGACGCAGACUCGUCGCUGAGCGGCGGCGGCGGCGGCGCGGCGGGCGGCGCGGCGCUGGCCGAGGCCGUCGGGCGGCGUCGCAAGAAGCGCACCAGCAUCGAGAGCGGCGUGCGCGUGGCGCUCGAGAAGGCCUUCCUGCACAACCCCAAGCCCACCAGCGAGGAGAUCGCCGCGCUCGCCGACUCGCUCUGCAUGGAGAAGGAAGUCGUGCGCGUGUGGUUCUGCAACCGCCGCCAGAAGGAGAAGCGCAUCAACCCGCCGGCGGGCGAGGCGGGCGGCGCGGCGUCGCCCGGCGCCGGCGCGCUGCUGCACCCGCUGGCGCACGCGCUGCCGCCGCACGUGCACGCGCACGGGCACCCGCACCCGCACGCGCACCCGCACGCGCACGCCGCGCUGCAGGCCGCCGCGCUGCAGCCGCUGGCGCUGCUGGCGCGCGCGCCGCGCGACUGA